GUCCGGGAGAGCCGCCAUUUGACCUGAGCAGAGCACACGGCCUCCCCAAAAAGGUCCCAGCGCCGCCGCAUUCCGCUAGGGUUAGCGCUCCGAGUUAGUUACCGAUGACUCGUGCAUCAACUAUUGAUUUUGGACGGAAGACACGGAGUCAGGUCAACUGGUCUGGGCCAUUGCGUCCAGUAAAUGUCAUCAGGAAUAAAUUCCCAACUUACAAGAAUGGUUUGAAUGGGAUAGUGAUCAAAUUGGCUGAUGACCCAGAAAUACCAUCUCUUAAGGAGACUGUUGCCAAGGAGACAGCAGAUCUCCUUGAUAGGCGUCAGCGCCCUUCAGUCCGCGAGCUUGCAAUGAAAUUUGAGAAGGGUCUCAGUACCGCUACGUUGUUGUCUAAUGAGGUUAAAUGGAGGCAAGUGGCUUUAUUGGAGCGAGACAUCCUUCUGAAGAAUCUAAAGAGUGUAUUGGAGUCACUGAGAGGUCAAGUAUCUGGAAAAUUUAAGGAUGAGAUCGAGGAGUCAGUAUCCAUGGUGGAUAUUUUGGCAAUUCAGCUGUCCAAAAGAGAAAAUGAGUUGCUUCAGCAGAAAACAGAGGUCACGAGAAUAGCGACUUCACUAAAACUGGCUUCUGAAGAUGCCAGGACAAUUGUUGACGAAGAAAGAGCUAAUGCUCGCACGGAGAUUGAAAAUGCUAGAGCAGCUGUUCAAAGAGUUCAGCAAGUACUUAAAGAAAAGGAAAACUGUUCACAAAGAAUUGGGAAGCAGGAUGUGGAUGAACUCAGGGAAAAAGUUCAAGAAGCACGAAGAGUUAAAAUGCUGCAUUGCCCCAGCAAGGCAAUGGACAUGAAAAAUGAGAUCCAUGUUCUACGUGAUCAAUUUGCUGAUAUGGCUUCCAGUUCUGCUCAUCUUUUGAAAGAACUGGAGUUGCAUCAGAAAUUUGAAGAGAAUGAUGCACCGUCAUAUGAGUUAGAGGGUCUUGAAAGCUUAGGCUCCAUGUUGCGCCUAGUUGUCCGGAACAAUGUGAGUUUAUCGAAUGCUUCAGUACAGUGGUUUCGCGUACAGCCUGAAGGAAGCAAAACAGAAAUCAUUUCAGGUGCCACAAAGCUAGUAUACGCUCCAGAACCUCAUGACGUAGGGCGGUACUUGCGAGCUGAGGUUAACCUUGGUGGUGAAAUCUCCGUUGCAAAGACUGCUGGCCCAGUAGACCCUGCAGCAGGUUUGGUCGAUUAUGUAGAGACCCUCGUCAGGAAUCCUGAAACUGAGUACAAUGUUGUUGUUCUUCAAGUGAAUGGAAUUGGCCAGCCUACAGAUUCCAUCCACGUUCUAUGUAUUGGGAAACUACGGAUGCGGCUUGCCACAGGAACGACGGUCGUUGCCAAGGAAUUCUACUCGUCGUCGAUGCAGCUAUGCGGUGUUAGAGGGGGCGGAGAUGCUGCGCCGCAAGCGAUGUUCUGGCAGCCCAGGAAAGACCUCAGCUUGGUCCUGGGCUUCGAGACGGCCAGGGAGCGCAACUCGGCAAUCAUGCUCGCCCGGAGAUUCGCUAUCGACUGCAAUAUUAUACUUGUUGGUCCGGGGGACAAAACUCCGUGGUAACACGAUCAACCGCCAGCUAACUUAGUUCUAACCCUAACGGAAUCAGUGUACAUCUCUGUGUAGCUCAGUUCCUCAGUGCUUCGCAUUUGCACAUGUUCUUGCCUAGGUUUCGUCAUAUUUUCUUUCAGGUCAUGUAUCUCCUGCUAGCUAGUAUCUUACUAGGUAGAGCAUUAUUAUUUUUUCUUUACUGAUACCCACUGUAAUUUUAUUUGUGAACAAUAAUUAAAGAGGUCGUGUUGAAUGCACGACCUGACACCCAAGUUA